AAAACAUGAAGGAGGUGAAGGAGCCAAGGCAUCGCAAAGACAACAGACGCCCAGACCAGGAGAUUUACAAGCCUGGCCUCUCCCGGCUGAGGAGCAAGCUGGUGCCACCAAAGCACGAGGCCUCAGAGAAGGAGAGGAGCAGAUCUGAGGAGGACAAGGAGGAGAGCACUGAGGACAAGGGCUCUGUGGGAGGAGGUGCUCCAGCCAUGGAGGAUCCCAGCAAAAGCGACGGCCCCAAGCAGAAUGGUCCUUCUCAGGAAAAGGAAGAGACAGAGACCAGAGGUGGUCUGCAGAGCCAGGAGAAUCUGUCCAAGCAGGAUGAAUGGUGUCCCAAGACCCCCAGGAGAACCAGGAAACCAGACCAGCAGAUCUACCAGCCUGGGAAGCGCCUGCAUUCAGCUGCCAAAGAACUGUCCCCACGGUCAUCUACUGAGGAAGUCACCAGUAAGAUGGAGCAGCUCAAAGUGGAGAGAGAUGAAGAGACUGAGAAAAGCACUGGAAAAGACAACAACAGGAAAAUGAAAUCGAGCAGGGAGGAUAGAGAGGGAAGCCACGCAGGGGAAGGAGUAAAAACCUCCAGGGGAGAUAAAGGGAGACGAACAGAGCGAAGCGACAGGACGAGGAGAGCAGGUGAUGAGGUGCUGCAGGGGAAGUUAGGCUCUACCAAGCGGUAUUCCCGCUCCGACAAGCGGCGGAGCCGGUACCGCACCUGCAGCACCAGCUCAGCUGGAAGCAACAACAGCAUAGACGGAGCCCCACUUGUGGAUGGGGUGGAGAGGAGGCAGGAACGUGCCAGGGAAAGAAUACGGCCUAGGAAGCAGCUCUCUGUGUCCUCCACUGACUCCUUGGAUGAUGACAGAAUUGAUGAGGCAGAAUCCUAUGAGCCAGAGCAGGGAGCCCCAGGUCGAGCUUCUAGGAGUGAGAGUGAAUGGAGCAGCAAUGGCAGGGAAGGCAAGGGACCCUUUCGAGUCACGUUUGACAACAGGACUGUGAACAGGGAUAUCGGUCUGGCAGAUACAGAUAAAAAAAAGUCUCUGAAAGCAUAUGUUGGUUGCAAAGACUCAGAGGCUCCAGAGUCAAGGAGCCAGAGCAGGGAGCCCCAGGGAAGGGGCGGUGGGAUUCUGUUCCUGCCUGCCAACACGGACCUCUCUGCCAGUGCUGCAGGUGCCCCUGAAGCCAGUCACCCUGGGUCCAGGCUGCUGCUUGGUGGGCCUGGCAGUAAAGGCCCCCGGGGCAGGGGCCGAGGCGGCACCGCUCGCAGGCUGUGGGACCCAAAUAACCCGGACCAAAAACCUGCCCUGAAGAGCCAAACUGCUCAGCUUCACUUCCUAGACACGGACGAUGAAGUGAGCCCCACGUCCUGGGGGGAAACCCGCCAGGCCCAGGCCUCCUACUAUAAGUUCCAAAACUCUGACAACCCCUACUAUUACCCUCGGGCCUCUGGGCAAGGCUCACAGUACCCUUAUGGUGGGUAUUCCCUGCAGUAUCCUAUGGGUCCAACCAACGGUGUGUACCCAGGAGCCUAUUACCCUGGAUACCUGUGUGGCCCACUCCCCCCCACUCCUCUGAGUCCUGAAAUGGAGCAGCAGAUGCGGAACAUGCAGCAGCAGGAGCUCAGCAAACUCCUGCGUGAGGCUGGGAACCAGGAGCAGCAGCUCAGCAAUCUGCUGUCCAGAGACCGGAUCAGCCCAGAGGGGCUGGAGAAGAUGGCCCAGCUGAGGGUGGAGAUGCUGCAGCUGUAUGAACGAUGCAUCCUGAUGGAUAUCGAGUUCUCAGACACCCAGAACGUGGACCAGUUGCUGUGGAAGAAUGCGUUUUACCAGGUGAUUGAGAAAUUCCGACAGCUCCUCAAGGACCCUCAGGGAGAAAAUGCCCAAGAAAUUCGGAACAAACUGCUUCAGCUUCUAGAUGAGGGUUCUUCUUUUUUUGAUGGUCUCCUCCAAAAGCUGCAGGUGUCCUACCAGUUCAAGCUAGAGGACUAUAUGGAUGGGAUGGCCAUUCGUAGUAAGCCUCUCAGGAAAAUGGUGAAAUAUGCGCUGAUCAGUGCUCAGAGGUGUAUGAUUUGUCAAGGGGACAUCUGCCGGUACAGAGAGCAAGCGAACGACACUGCCAACUAUGGAAAGGCACGCAGCUGGUACCUGAAGGCUCAGCAAAUUGCUCCCAAAAACGGGCGCCCGUACAACCAGCUGGCACUUCUGGCCAUCUACACGAGGAGAAAACUGGAUGCUGUCUACUAUUACAUGCGCAGCCUGGCUGCCAGCAACCCCAUCCUCACAGCCAAGGAGAGCCUCAUGAGUCUGUUCGAGGAGACAAAACGCAAGUGUGAGCAGACGGAGCAGAGGAAACAUCAGGUGCUGGAUGUGAGCCCCAGCCGCCGGGGGAAGGGCAAGAAGUCCACACUGCGACAAGUUGGAGAUGAUGCCACACGACUGGAGAUCUGGAUCCAUCCCUCCCACCCCCGCUCCUCCCAGGGCCACGAGUCGGGCAGGGAAUCCGAGCAGGACAAUGGUCUUGGGAACCUCAGCCCCAGCGAC